AAUAAAAUGAACAGCAUUUCUUGAACAGUGAGUCCUCUUUCUUCCAACAGCAACACUGGGAUGUGGGAUCAAGUUUCUGUCUGCAAAUAUGGUGACCAACUGCAUGUUACUGAGCGUCCUCUUUGUUUCAGGUGCUUGGGCUGUUUGUGUUAAAAACCUAUACAUUACUGCACCGAAGAACAUGGUCGCAAUAAGUGGAUCUUGUUUGCAAAUCCCAUGUAACUUUAGUGCUGAACCAGAGACGGACUUCAACAGCUCUCUAUCUGCCAGCGGAGUGUGGAUUAAAAAUGACUCCAAAUUUCGCAACAAUCCAAAGAAUGUGAUUUUCAAUAGUAGCGGGACAGUUACCACCUAUCCAAUGAAUAUUACUGGAAACCUGAAUCGGAAAGAGUGCACCACUUUAUUUUCCAGUUUAGUCAUAAGUUACACAGACACAUAUUUCUUCAGAAUUGAGAACAGUGCGUUCAAGGCAACAGCUGCUUGUGAGCCUCUUCAGAUAACUGUUCAAGAUGUUCCUCCGAGGCCCAAAAUUGAGAUCUCAGGUGAUCUGAAGGAGAAUAAGUCUGUCAAUAUAACCUGCUCAGCAUCUACUCCCUGUCCACACUCCCCUCCUAAACUCACCUGGACUCUCACUCAAGACCCUCACAACACAACUGAGGAGAACAAAGAUCGAACCCUCACAACUAAAAUCAAGACGACCAUCAUUCUGUCAGACCAACAUGAUGGAGUCAACUUCAGCUGUUCUGCCUCAUAUCCUGUGGAGGGAGGAAACUAUAAGACAGCAGAGGAAGAACUGACUCUCAGUGUUUCAUAUGCUCCUAAGAACACCUCAGUGAUCGUCAGUCCACCAGGUUUGGUGUCAGCAGGUAGCUGUGUGAACCUGACCUGCUCCAGCAGAGCCAAACCUCCCGUACGCAACUUCACCUGGUUCAAGAUCAGUGAAAAUGGACCCAUCAGAGUGUCUGAGGGAGACUUUUACAGUGUUAAUGUGACCGAAGCAGGAGUUUAUUACUGUGUGGCCUCAAAUGAGCUCGGUGAUCAAAAUUCAUCAGAGAUCCAUCUGACAAUUGAAGGAGUGAAUCAGCCUGAUAGCUCUUCGUCACCAUGGGGGGCAGUUGUUGGAGCGGUCAUUGGGGUCAUCAUACUCAUCUGUGUGGUUGUUGUCAUUUGGUGCUUAAAGUCAAAACAUUCACCUUCACGACAAACACAGAGUCAAACAGCUGAGCAGUCAGCUUUUCAAGAAUCAGGCAAAGCAACAGAAACAGAGGACAUCCAUUAUGGAGAGAUCGAUUUCUCCAAGAGGAGACCUGAAGCGUCCUCGUCCUCAGUGCAGGACAGUGGACAGCAGCAGGACACACUGUAUGCACAGGUCAAUGUGCCGGAGACAGCAAACAGCUUAACACAGACUGCUGACGUCCCACAAGAUCUCUAUGCUCAAGUGAAGUACUAAUGUACGGAAGCCCUAGGCGGACAUAAUUUUUUUUUUUUUUACAAGCCA